AUGCCAGAGGAUUUGGUUGUAUCACAAGUAAUGUCAUCUGUAGGCAACAAUGUUUCACUGGAGACCACUGCAAUGAAUAAAAAAUUUAAAUCACAUACAAUUGAGUCCAUAACAUCACGAAUCCAAGAAGCCAAGAAUUUCAUUAGUGCUAAACAAGAAAUGGGUGGAGACAAGAAGUCAUUCUUCUCGUUCUUUAGCAUCUUCAGGUUCAAGAAGAGUGCUAGAGGAGGGGAUGAUGCUUGGGAUGAGGCUGUGAAGGCUUACAAAGUGUAUCCUAGUGAUCAAGACCGAGGUGGAAGAUGGGCUGAUCCUCGUAUUGACAGUAAAGCUUCUGCUUACAUUGAUGACAGGACCAACAAAUGGAACACAAUCGAUGUAUCAAGCUGA